AUGUCCGACAAACACUUCUUACCAUCAGACACAGGAAAGCUUGUUCCAAAUUGUUUAAGAGCCAUCACAUACGAAUAUGAAUUUCUAUCCUUAUUAGAUAAAGAAAAAGUCAUUUACAACAAUGAAUUUGAUAGAUCAAAAGUUGCUUUAAUCAGUGGGGGUGGCUCUGGUCAUGAACCUGGCUUUUAUGGUUUAGUUGGUUCAGGUAUGCUUUCAGCAGCUGCUCAAGGUGAUAUUUUUGCUUCCCCAAAUUAUAAAAACGUGAAGGCUGCAGAGAAAGUUUGUCACGAACUUGGAGAUUCAGGUGAAUGGGCUGGUUGUAUCUUCAUUAUCACAAACUAUACUGGUGAUAAUCUUUAUUUUGGUAUGGCUGCUCAAGACUUAAUUGCUAGAUAUGGCAAUGAAAAAAUUCGUAUUCUUAGAGUUACAGAUGAUGUUGCAAUUAAAAAAAGUUCUAAUUCAUUAGUUGGUAGACGUACCUUAGCGGGUAUUACCAUUGUAUCCAAACUUGCUGGCGCAGCCUCUCAAAACGGUCACAACAAAGAUGAAGUUUUUGAAUUUGGUCAAAAAGUCAUUGCUUCCACUGCGUCUGUUAAUGCUGGUUUGGACCAUGUUCAUAUUCCUGGUCACAGAAUGGAUGUAGAAUUCGGAAAAUUAGGCAAAACUCAAUUAGAAAUUGGUUUAGGUAUUCACAAUGAACCUGGAGCUCAGAAAUUAGAUUACAUUCCAAGUAACGAAGAAUUAGUUUUUACCUUGUUAGAUAUGAUUUUAAAUAAAGAAGAUGAAGGUCGUGGUUUCUUUAAUUAUUCUAAUGGGGAUAAAUUUGUUUUAUUAAUUAACAACCUAGGUGGUAUUCCAAUUAUCGAAGAAAAGAAUAUUUUACACACCACUUUAGAAACCUUAAAAGAAAAAUAUGAUAUUAUACCAGCUAGAAUUUACACAGGCACCUUCUUUACUUCUUUUAACGCUCAAAUCUUUACUAUUACUCUUUUCAAUGCUACCACUGCUGCAACCAAGACCUUUACGACUGAUAAAAUAUUCGAACUCUUGGAUGAACGAACUAAUGCAACCUGUUGGCCAAACACUAUAUUUACUGGCAAUGAAUCCAUUCAAAAUGACAGAAUCAUCAGGGACUUUGUUGGAUACGACGAUGAUGCUCCUAACACUGUUAAAGAAAGAUCGCAAGAUUUACGAAUUGAUCCAGAAAAAUUAGAAAAGAUUAUUCGUACUGCUGCUGAAAGAGUUAUUAAGAAGGAACCAGAAUUAACUGAUUGGGAUACUAAGAUGGGUGAUGGUGAUUGUGGUUAUGGUUUAAGAACUGGAGCUGAAAAAGUAUUACAUAAAUUAGAGGUAGAUAAAAUUGCAUCCUCUGGUUCAAUUCUCAAAGUAUUACAUGUUGUAUUAAAUGUUUUAAAAGAUGAUAUGGGUGGUACCUUAGGUGCUAUUAUUUUCAUCUUCAUGAAAUCUGUCAUUAAUGAGGUUGAAGAAUUCCUAAGAGAAAAUUCUAAUCUAACUAUUAAUCAAUUGUUUGCCUUUGCUUUGCCAGUUGGUCUUGAAACCUUAUAUACUUACACUAAAGCCAGACAAGGUCACAGAACUGUUAUGGAUGUAUUGAUUCCAUUUGUUCAUAGUUUUAGUGAAACUCAAGAUAUUAAUAAGGCAGUACGAGUAGCAUACAAUGCUGCUGAAGGUACAAGAAGCUUGAAACCAAAGCUUGGACGUGCUACUUACGUUGGUGGAUUAGCUGACAAAACCAUUUUCCCACCAGAUCCUGGCGCUUAUGGUAUAUACGAGAUUAUUUCUGCAUUAACGUUAUAG